GAAAGCCUCUGUGGAAGACUUCGCCUUGAAUAACCCAAACGAUAUCCAUAUACACACACAUACAAGAUGUCUGACAAGCUUUCCAAUGUUAUGAGAGAAUUAAAGAUCGAGAAGUUGGUCUUGAACAUCUGUGUCGGUGAAUCCGGUGACAGAUUGACCAGAGCCUCCAAGGUCUUAGAGCAACUAUCCGGUCAAACCCCAGUCCAAUCCAAGGCCAGAUACACCAUCAGAACCUUUGGUAUCAGAAGAAACGAAAAGAUCUCUGUCCACGUCACCGUCAGAGGUCCAAAGGCCGAGGAGAUCUUGGAAAGAGGCUUGAAGGUCAAGGAAUACCAGUUGAAGGCAAGAAACUUCUCCUCCACCGGUAACUUCGGUUUCGGUAUCCAAGAACACAUCGACUUGGGUAUCAAGUACGACCCAAACAUUGGUAUUUACGGUAUGGACUUCUUCGUUGUCAUGGGUAGAGCCGGUUUCAGAGUCUCCAGAAGAAAGAGAUGUAGAGGUACCGUUGGUAAGUACCACAAGGUCUCCCAGGAAGACUCCAUCAACUGGUUCAAGGCCAAGUACGAUGCUGACGUCAUCGGUGCUUAAGCGCCCGGCUCGCUGUUUACUUGGUUAGUCUUAGUCGCUGUGUAGUUUUCUUACUAUAUAAAACGCUAACAAAACAAAAGAACUAGUCUCUCAACCCCUCGCCCCCGCCGC